UGCUAAUUUUACACGUGUCGACAAGGUAAGGCCUUAUGGAGUUGUUUUGCUAAAAAAUGCAGCAUAUAUGAAAUACAUUUCAAUCCAAAACAAUCCCAGAAAUAUUGCUUUUUAAUAAGUAGCUGUACUUUACGUCAUCCUAAACAGCUUUUCUUUCUCCAGGUGUUGACACAAAAAGAUAUUUCUCGUGUGAAGGUGGCUCUGUUCCACUCAGCUGUGGUGAGUAAUCAACAUUCACACAUACUUUUAAAAUUCACAACGAUUCUUAUGGUGAGUUGUUUCAUGUGUCAGAUUGGGGAUACAUAAAGGUGAUUACAGCCAACUAUGGGCGAACCGACCACACAACAUGCUCCACUGGAAGAUCACUUCAUCAGCUCUCAAACGUCGACUGCUUCCAAGAGACAUCCGUCCAUGUGAUGUCCAAACGGUAAUCACUUCUUUAAGAGCAAAUGAAACAACAGCACUGUAUUAAACAGUAGAUGCAAUUGCAGUUCUUCUCAAAACUGUUUUGUGUGUGUUCAUAUAGAUGUGAUGGAAGAAAGAGCUGCUCUGUUUCUGCAGUGAACUCUGUUUUCUCUGACCCUUGUGUUGGGACUCAUAAAUACCUGGAUGUCUCCUGUUUGUGUCUCCCAUUUAGUAAGUCAGUAACUGAUACACACUAUCAUUCAAAAAUUGGGGUGGGUAAGAUGUUUUUGAAAGAAGUCUCUUUUUUAAAAUCUUUCUUUGACCUUAUCAGGUGCAAUGGGAAGAAGUCUUGUCAAUUAAAUGCCUCAAAUGCUUCAUUCUUCUCUGAUCCAUGUCCGGAUGUCCAUAAAUACUUAGAAGUGAUGUACAGCUGUAUAUAAUAUUGUGAGUAUCCUGCUAAAUAAAUGAUAUGUUUUAUGUGCAUUUUAAAUGAAAACACGCACUAUGUCAGAUGCUGAAAGAGUUGACUUUCUUGAUAGAGCUGUUUAGGUUUCUGUAAAAAUGUGCAGCAUGAAAAAAAAGAAGAAAAAAGUACAGAUCAGUGCAACCCUGAAAGACUGAAAUGGCACAUCACCUACUGUAUUCAGAUGCUAGUUUUAGCUAAUUCUCCAGUAUAACAGAGUUUGACCACAAGAUAUAAACAAGCAUGCCAUCUAGUGGUACUUUAUGGUAUUGUAACAGGUUAUCACCUGUCUAACUUCAUACACUUAAAGCAGCACUAUGUAACUUUUGGCGCUCUAGC